CAUAGGAGCUCGGAAUCUCCAUUCCUGAUAUGGGGAUCAGGGCUCGAGACGGAAAAGGGACGAGGGUAUGCGGCGGCUCUUCGUUCCUCCAUUGCCAUCCUUCUCGCGUUCGUUUCUGCUUGUUGAUUCUUGCCGGGUUUGCUUCGAGGGGCCUCUUACAAUCCAGCUUGAUUGAAGAGUAAUAUCUGGUGGUCAUCGUGAUAAAUUCUGCUCGAAUCUUUGUGGUUGUGAGCACGUACACCUCUUCCAUAUAUUGUUAAGUUUUCCAUUAUCACAUGAUGUGGAAAUUUGCAUCGAAAGCAAUUACCGGAAAAUUAUGCGCAAGUACCAAAAAAUCAAGCUCUCAAAAUCCUGAUUGCUCUGAUGAUGAGGUUUCUUCAUGCACUAGCAAGGAAGACGGUUUGGAGUGCCCGAUUUGCUGGGAAUCCUUUAACAUUGUUGAGAAUGUGCCUUAUGUCUUGUGGUGUGGCCACACCCUAUGCAAGAAUUGUGUCCUGGGGCUUCAGUCGGCAGUAGUUAAACUUCCAACUGUCCCCAUCCGGCUACCUCUGUUCAUCUCAUGCCCAUGGUGCAACAUCUUAUCCUUCCGUCUGGUUUACAAGGGCAACCUCAGAUUUCCUCACAAAAACUACUUCCUGCUUUGGAUGGUUGAGAGAUUGAAUGGUGAUAGUCAGAGAUCUCAGUCCACAAUCUGCCAGAAUCUGUGGUCUUCAAGCGGCAGCCAACUCUUACAAAAUCAUGGUUACGAUCAUCACAACCAAGUAUCUUCCCAUGUGCUUGCAGAGCAAUCAAACUCAAGCCAAACAGGUCUAGGCCACCUUGUUGGAGUUUAUUUCAACACAGAGAGGAUACAUGCUACAUUUCGGAAGUCUCUGGCAUUCAUUAUUGAACAGACUGCUAAGAUACCACUUGUAAUAAUCUUCCUCCUCAUAGUUCUUUAUGCCAUUCCUGCCAGUGCUGCCAUCUUGGUGCUGUAUAUCCUGAUCACAAUCCUGUUUGCUGUGCCAUCCGUUUUGGUUCUGUAUUUUGCAUACCCUAGCUUGGAUUGGCUUGUCAGGGAAAUCCUCACAUGAUAUUCUCUAUUGGCCAAGGCAGCUCAAAACUGAUGGCUGCCAAUUGUAGAGUGAAUGGAUGAUUAAUUCUCUGAAAUUCUAUUACCGACUGUAAUUUGUGUACAAUAGUUUUCUUUUAAUCUCAAAUUUCUGCACUUAGCCAUCAUGCUCGUGGAAGAUGGUGGUAGUCGCAACUAAUAUAUGUUGGUUGGGAAGGCAUUAUCUUUAGAUUGUUGGAGGUUUUAAUAUUACGUUCCACCUCAAAAAAUGUAGUGUUCUUGAACGGGCAAGGUCUUUAAAGUUUAAACAUUCUGGUUUUAGUGUAUAUCAUUCGUGGUAUGGCAUCAUGGCAAA